AUGGAUCCGGAACUUGAAAAGUUUAACCUGGUUACGGCUCUUCACAACGUUCCAGACCAUAUUCAGUUCGAGGAACGGAUAUUCGGUGUUUGGGUGGGAGCUACGGAUAAGCAGAAAGAAAUUGCAGAAAAAACAACAGGAAGAUUUGGAAAGAACCAUAUUCAAACGUCGGCGCACUGCACGGCCAUGGUCGUCGAGUAUCUCAGAGUGGGACUUGGAUUCGAUGUUACCUACAAGUUGGAGCAACGAGCAACUCCGCACUAUCCUCCACCUCAUUAG